CUCACCUUCCUCGCCAGUGUAGAGUUUGCACGUUUUUUUCGUGCCUGUGUUGGUUUUCUCCUAAAAACUAGGUUUAACAUGAUCAGAAUUUUUGGUGGCGAUCAGCGAGUUAAAAAAACAAACAAAAAAAAAAAACGAUCCGGUCAUAAAAUGAAGCAAUUACUUUAUUUAAAUGACAUCUUCAUUGACUACAUAUACUUGUCGACAUAAUUGCUUUAAAUAUACAUUUACAAUAAGUAAUGCAGCGUGGCGUUGGCCUCACAGUUUUGAUGUCCUGCCCGUGUGGAGUUUGCAAUUUCUCCCCUUGCCUGCAUGGGUUUUCUCCGGGCACGUCAGUUUCCUCCCACAUCCCAAAAACAUGGAACAUUAAUUGGACACUCUAAAUUGACCCAAGGUGUAAUUGAGAGUGCAGCUGUUUGUCUCCAUGUGCCCUGUGGUUUGCUGGCAACCAGUUCAGGGUGUACUCUGCUUCCUCCGCAUUGAGAGCUGGGAUGGCUCCAGCACUCUCACGACCCUCCGCAGAAAGUGCUGUGAUCAUCGUGUGAAAAUGUGUGCAAGAACUUCUGGAGAGUACAGGGAAAUAAUUUGUGGACCAAAAAAGGAGGAGGAGCCACAACGUCAACUACUGGACACUGUGUUCAAUCUGCAGCCUCGAAUUGUCCUCUGCAGAGUAGAUGUCAGUGAGUAUCUUCAUCCAGAGCGACAGGAGUCAGUGUCCGGUCACAUCAAAGAGGAGGUUGAAGAGGUUCACCGUAUCAAAGAGAAGGAGGAAGAGAUCAUACACAUGAAAGAGGAAGAGCAGGAGGAAAUCAUCCAGGUUCCAGCCACUGGUGUCCAUUUGAAGAGUGAAGAUGAAGGUCAAAGUGAGGAGAGACGAGGGGCGGAGCCUCCAGAAUCAGAAUCAGGUUUACUGGAAUUUUUCUCCGGCAGUCGGUGCAGCCCUGGUAUGACAUUCAGGACAACCAGGAACAACUCAAGUGACGGAGACCACUGUGGAGGAUCACAAACAGAAGAUGAUAAUGAUGAUGAACAAUCGGAACGUGAUAUGACAUGUCACACGACCAACAAAUGCUGGAAAUGUUCUCGGUGUGGGAAAACUUUUCCUUCUCUAAGGAAUUUCAAACAACAUGUGAAAAUACACACAGGUGAGAAGCCUUUUGCAUGCUCACUUUGUGGUCAAAGAUUCACUCAGAAGGGACACUUAAAUAUACACACCAGAACCCACACUGGUGAGAAGCCUUUUUUCUGCUCAGUUUGUGGCCAAAGAUUUACUUUGAAGGCAAAUUUUAAAAUACACGCAAGAACACACACUGGUGAGAAACCAUUUUCAUGUCUAGUUUGUGAGAAAAGAUUCAAUGAAAAGAGACUAUUAAAAAUACACACAAGAACACACACUGGUGAGAAACCUUUUUCAUGUCCAGUUUGUGAUAAAAGAUUCACUGAGAAGAGAAAAUUAAAAAUACACUCAAGAACACACACUGGUGAGAAACCUUUUUCAUGUCCAGUUUGUGAUAAACGAUUCAUUGAGAAGGGGAAUUUAAAAAGACACACAAGAACACACACUGGUGAGAAACCUUUUUCAUGUCCAGUUUGUGACAAAAGAUUUACUGAGAGGGGACAUUUAAAAAGACACACAAGAACACAUACUGGUGAGAAACGUUUUUCAUGUCCAGUGUGUGAUAAAAGAUUCACUGAGAAGGGAAAUUUAAAAAGACACACAAGAACACACACUGGUGAAAAACCUUUUUCCUGCUUAGUUUGUGGUCAAAGAUUCACAUGGAAAAGAGAUUUAAAAAGACACACAAGAACACAUCCUGGUGAGAAACCUUUUUCAUGUCCAGUUUGUGAUAAAAGAUUCACUGAGAAGAGAAAGUUAAAAAUACACUCAAGAACACACACUGGUGAGAAACCGUUUUCCUGCUUAGUUUGUGGUCAAAGAUUCCAAUGGAAAAGAGAUUUAAAAAGACACACAAGAACACACCCUGGUGAGAAACCUUUUUCAUGUCCAGUUUGUGAUAAAAGAUUCACUGAGAAGAGAAAAUUAAAAAUACACUCAAGAACACACACUGGUGAGAAACCUUUUUCAUGUCCAGUUUGUGAUAAAAGAUUCACUGAGAAUGGAAGUUUAAAAAGACACACAAGAACACACACUGGUGAGAAACCUUUUUCAUGUCCAGUUUGUGAUAAAAGAUUCACUGAGAAGGGACAUUUAAAAAGACACACAAGAACACACACUGGUGAGAAAUCUUUUUCCUGCUCAGAUGUGGCCAAAGAUUCUCUGUGAAUGAAAGUUUUAAAAGACUCAAGAACACACAAGUAAUAAACUCUUGCUUGCUCACUUUGGUCAAACAUUCUCUUCUAAGUGCAGUAAAUACCGAGAAGUAGUGCCCCCCCCUACACACACACACACACACACACACAACCACCUUCCCAUCCACACCCCAGGAAUUUUCAUGUAUGUGUAUCUGGGUACCACAAUUAAUGAAACAUGUAAAUAAUAUUUAUACUUUACAUAUUUGAGACUAACAUUACAGCAGUACAUGCAUUUACUCAAAUCUUUGUCAGGUUUAUCACCUGACUUCUGGAAUAAUGUGCAGAAAAUACAAGGACAAGGAGAGUCUGUCUCAUGAGGAGAACAUGAGAGACAAGACAGUAACAGUCUCCAACCCUGUUCUGAACCAGCAUUUCGUGUUUUUUUUUUAAAUUUCAAGUGCGCACAAGGUCAAGAGGGAGGGGCGAGCAAGCAAGUUAACAAAAGCACAUUCUUUCAUAACGAUGUGUGUGUGUGUUGGUGAAGUUGUCCUUGGCCACUUCUCGGGUGAUCAGGAGUCGGCUGGUGCACCUGUGUGGGGACUGCGCGUCCUGUAUGUGCAAAGAAUCUUCAAAGCAAGGAUAAUACUUUGGGUUUGUAGCAAAUCCAUAAUAAAUAUAUUGACAAUAAUUCUAACAAUCUUUUAUUAUAAAACCUUUGUUAAUCUUUCCUGCAACUGUCGCCAACUGUGGUUGGGAAUCUCUCUCUCUCUCUCUCUCUCUCUCUCUCUCUCUCUCUCUCUCUCUCUCUCUCUCUCUCUCUCUCUCUCUCUCUCUCUCUCUCUCUCUCUCUCACACACACACACACACACA